AUCCAGGUUUUUGGCGAUAGUCCCCACGUGCAGAUCAAUAUCGCCAGUGUACCAUUUAACUCGAAACUACCCUACGCGCCCCCGCCCAGGCUUUACAAUAUAAAGCAAUUUAAUAGCAUUUUAUCAUUACCUUUCGUACGCCGCUCCCUUGCGAUGCUCCCCCCUUUUGUAUUCGGGGAGAGGUGCAUUGGUGUGUGAAGGGUUCGCUAAUAACCCUUACUUGGAUGCUAUUUUUAGAAAUGAACGCUCCUCCAAUUGGCCUGGCACGUGAAUUCACUUUCCCCUAUUCGGUUAACGGAAUGUGUCACACACACGCGCACGCAAGUACGCUCGCACACAUUUGAAUGCGCGUCGGAAUAUCGGAGAACAGGCAAAGCCGUACCUACGUGCAAUCGACAAUCCAACUCUCAGCAGGUCGUGUGCUUAUGUGUUUGGUCACUAUUUGUCUUUCGGUUGUGUGUUUGAUUUGAUGCAAAGCAACACCACCUGCCAGAAAAGGUCAAAGGAAAAUCAGUCGCCCGUUUUUUUUUUUCGCCCUUGCCCCAUUUUUGUACAUGCUCCCAUGAGGUGUAGUCGUAUCUCCAAGUCGUAUCUCCCGCACGAGGUGGUAAAACAUUCGCUUAAAGAAACGUUAAACUAAGCCAAUCCCUAAAGCACGAUGAGCGAUCCGGAAGAUCUAGAGGACGGUGAGAUUGAGGACGACGAGGAUGAUGUGCAGCCGGCAGAUCCACCAUUGACUCAACCGACGCCGGAAGAUUAUCAAGAGUAUGAACCACAGCAGCAGCAGCAGCAGCAGCAACCGGCACCACCAUUAGGCGAUCACCACCACCAUCCAGGUAGCGAUGGUGAAGGAAAGCCGGUCCCGAACCGGGAACACACAAAUCACUCGAACAACAAAUCCCAGCGCUCUUCCAAAAAGCCCGCCCCGGUUGUGGACGAUUGGGCGACCAAGGUUGAGAAUGCCAUUGCUAACGCACUCAUACGGGACGGCGUACAGCCCCCGAUGCCAUCGUCCGUGCCGCACACGAACGACACGGAAGGUGACACAACACCGGGCUCUUCGAGCCGAAAGUCGAAAAAGCGCAAGAAAGCGAACCGUAAUUCGGAUGGCCAGCAGCAGCAGCAGCACAACAAACAGCCACGGCUCGGUGGCGGUGAUCAGGAUCAGGACGAUGGGAUGGAGAUGGAUUUGGAGUAUGAAAUGUUGAAUGUGCGGGGUAGCAGCCCGCAGCAUAUGAUGGGACGUGAUUCCGGACGGUCCGACUCGGAGGCGGACGACACACACUACUCGUCCGAUGAUUCAUCGAUGCGCGAUCGGGAUGGACACUACCGGGGUCGAAGGGAUCGGGACCAGCGGGAUCGUGACCGCGAGCGGGAACGGGAUAGGGAGCGCGAGCGGGACUAUAACCGCAAGAAGCGGAAACAAUCGCGCCAGCGAAGCAACAACAACAAACCGAACCGGGAUGUUGGGCGAAAGCGGAAGCGCGAUGAUUCGGAUGACGAGAAGCAUCGACCGACGGGACCACGCAAGAUGGAGCUGUGUAAAUUCUACCUAAUGGACUGUUGCGCCAAGCGGGAAAAGUGUCUGUACAUGCACAAAGACUUCCCCUGCAAGUACUACUACCUUGGCAUGAAGUGUAAGGAAAAGGACAAGUGUCUGUUCAGCCACGGCGAACCACUGUCCAACGAUCUGCGCGCCAUAUUGCUGAAGCAUCUGGAAACCGCACCGCAGGAGAUUCUCGGCAGCUUCCAGCGCAUCAGCCGUGAUCAUGCGAUCAGCAUGCUGAACGCAACGCACGCCAAACUACAGGAACGGUACGGUGGAAAGAGCGAUGGCUCUGCCGGUGGGAAAAUCCCUUCCCUGCUGGAUGUGGUCACGGGACAUCCACCGACCAACAGCAGCAGCAGCGGCAGUCUGCUCAGCCCAAAGCAUUCCCGCCGGUCGCGGUGGUGUGAGCGGCAGGGUGAUGGAAGCGACGAAGAACCAUCGGACGGUGGCGAUAUGACCAUGCAGCUGGCCGGCGUUAUUACACCCGCCCAGAUAAGCGAUCUCGAGCAGAUGGGCAUCCGGACGCUGGACGAAAUCAGCCAGCUUACGGUGGCGCAACUGAACGAGCUUGGACUUAGCAUUACGCAGAUUCACGACCUGCAAGUGCGGGCAUUGAAUGCGCUCCGGACGGCCGAUGAACGAAGGCGUCCCACCACCACCACCACCACCACCACCAGCACCACAUCAUCGGGGGCCAGCGAACCGGCGAAGGAUCUCGAUUUGCGCACACUACCGGGAGCGACCGGCGGCGCCGAAUCUGUUGUCAGCAAUACCAUCGAUCAGGAUGGUAGCAGCAAACAGGACGUUGACAUGCGAGUGCUUCCAAUGGGGAGUGACCCAUCGGAUAAGGUCGGGCCCACCACCGCCGGAAACCAAGACGAGGUAUUACCACCGGGUCCGGGCGGGACUGGUGUCCUCCUGAAGCCACCCACUGUGGAUUAUUCACAGUACAUUAAGGAUUCGAACCUAGACGAGGAAGACCUGGACGCGGUUGCGGCCAACUCGAGCUGUCUGCUGAACGCACCGGAAGAGGACGACGAUGACGAUGAUGAGGAAAACAAUCUGAAGAUUACUUUCGACGAGGAAGAGGACGAGGAAAAGAAGGAGUCCGACGAAGCCGAGUCGGAGAAACCGAGCGCGGAGGAAAGCCGGGAGGAUAGUAUGCUGCUUCCUCCACUAAUACCGCCCAAGAUCGAUUAUGCGCAGGGUCUCGGGAACAUACUAAAGUUUGGCAGCACGAUCGAUAGCGCACUUCAUCAGCCGAACAGCAAUGAAUCGCCUCGAUCGCACCGAUCACCGUCGCCCGUAGCGAAAGAGGAACAACCGACGGAAGUGUGGACACCUUCCAUGGCAGACUCGCAGCCAACUCAUCAACAGCAACAGCUUUACGGUGGUCCUCCACCGGCACCGAAGCCGGCAGCAAAAUCCAACACCAAACGACCCGCCGGCAGCAGUGGAUCGAUCUACGACUGGUACGAUUCGGACAAUGCGUCGGAGGACGGCGGACGAAACUCGCCGACGAUGGCGGCGGCGGCGGGAGCUGCCACCGCCCCGUUCCGAUACGGGUCGGAAAAGCCCCUUCCGCUUAACAUUGCGGAGGACGAUCCGUACUCGAUCGGCAGCUCGAUUGGACGGGAGCCGACCAGUGAGCUAGGCUUCCCAUUUAAGUCGAUGAUGGCAAAUUAUGUGCCGGCAACGGAAAUUGACGGUUCGAUUGGGUCACAUGCGCCGAUUCACUACAAGGUGUAUGUGGUUGACGUACCGAAACCAAACUACGGCACACUGCGUCGUUCGAUGGCACGCCCCGUCGGUACGAAAGAUCCUCGGCUACGGCGACUGUUUGGGUUGCAAAGUGAUGACGACGACGAGCGGGACGAUACCAGCGACGGUAUUAAAUCACCCGAUCCGAACCCCAACACAUCCCCCCUGCACGUCGGUUCCCCCUCGCUAAAUCACCCACACGCACCGAUCGUUAACAAACCGCCACCGGCCGUCAUCAGCAGCGGUCCGCGGGUAGAUCCGCGCAAGCGCCACGCUGAAAAGCUACAGCAAGAAGCAGCGGCGGCGGCGGCGGCGGCGGCGUCGGCUCACCACCAACAGACAACAGGUGGUCCGUUAAGGAACGCCUCCUCCAUGCCGCAGAUCGAUGUGCAAGCGAUCCUGCAAAAAUCGGCCUGGUACAAGGACCUUGGUUCACAGCACAAGAUCAUGGUCAACCAGCAGCUGGCCAUCCUGUCGACGGAGAUGAAGAAGUUCCACAACUCCGACCGGUCGCCGGAACAGUUGAGCGAUUUUAUGAAGUUUCUCAGCACCAGCAACAUGCUGCAGCAGAUCCUAACCUAUCUGAACGUGUACGUGGACGAUUCGGUAACGUUCUGUGAGGUGCAGGCGGUGCCGAAUUUGCCCCCGCCGGCCCUUCCACUCUCGACGAACAUUCCACCACCGACGAUAGGCGGUCCGCUUCCGUCGAUGCAGAUACCGAUCCCGCUGCACGUGCCGCCACCGAUCGGUGUACUGCCCGGAUCGAUGAGCGUACCACCACCGCCGCCCCACCAGCAGCCAAUGUUCCACGGUGGGGCACCGCAGGGUGGUCCAUUCGGGCAGCAGGAUCAAACGCAAGCGGGCCCACCACCACCGGCGGGCAUGAUGAGGCCGGGUUUGUUGGGCGUUUCACCGAACAUGCCAUUCGAACAGUUCCUUGCGAUGGGCAAUGUUAACAAAAAUGACAACGGAGGUGGGGGUGGAGGACCAGGGCCAGGACCAGCCAACAAUGGGCCCCUGCCACUGUGGGUCCAGGGCAAUGGGAAUAAUAUGCGCAACAUGCGCAACAACAACCGGAUCGGCCACAACUUCCGCAACAACAACGAUCGAUGGGGCAACGGCAAUGGCCAGCAGAUGCUGGGCAACAACGGCAACCAUAUGGGCGGUGGUAACAAUAACAAUCGGCGAAACAAUGGCAACAACAACCGGCGGAUGAAGAAGUAGGUGGAAGGGAGCUUCCAGCAAACGCGAGAUUAAUACAGCAAUAAUAGAAUACGUUGUAGUGUAUGCACUAACCCCUGCUGCUGUUACUAUUUACGCUUCGACCUCCUCGACCCCCCCAGUAAGUUUGUAGAAAGGGAGGAAGCGCCCACCAGCGCCAUCUUUUGUACAGUCGUCAUCAUCAUCAUCAUCAUCAGCAUUGUUGAACAUUAUAGUUGGAUACACACACUCAAUACAAUUACUUUAGGGAGGAACAAUAGGCUUCCGUUAGGCUCCUUGCCACACGCGCAGAGGCAAACAGCUUUCGGCACACAUCCACACAGGGAAAGAGAUUUACUGUAGAGCGCGCGCUUGUGUGAAAAGGCGCAGGUAUAUUACUAAUGAUAGGAAGAGGGACCUCACAACAAUCAGCGUUCCUGCGCACCUGUCGAAAGGUCUUGGAAUUUUUUG